AUGCAGGUGCAAAGAAAUAGAACUUAUCCACUGAUUUCAUCUUAUGAGGGUGAACUAGUAAAUGUGUUUCGUCAAGAAAAUUCUUCAAAUCGUGAACCUUCAAAUCACGAACCUUCAAGUAUUCAAAUAAUUCAAAAAUCAAUUAAUGAAACUGAAUAUAAUGAAAAUAAUAAAGAACAACAUGAUUAUGAAGUCGAAAUUGCUUAUUUACAUGAAAUAUUAGACAAGACUAAGGAACUUUUAGAAGAAUCACGCAACAAGCCCAAAGGGCAUUUAUGGUUAAAAAAUAUUCGAUCAAAUUUCAGAUCAUUAGAAAACAUGAAUAAUGACAUUGCGGCAUUAAAUAAUCGUAUAACAAUGCCCAGAACAUGGAAGGAUUUUAAUAAAAACACAAUGUACUGG